GAAUACAUCUUGGAAGUUGACAGCGCUCGUGCCUCUGUUGAGCACGGCAACUCAAGGCCCACUCAACACUUCACUUCUAUUUUCAACACCUUCGUCCUCAUGACCCUCUUCAAUGAAAUGAACGCUCGCAAGAUCCAUGGCCAACGUAACAUCUUCAGUGGACUCUUCAGGAAUUGGAUCUUUCUGACCAUCUGGAUCUCAACAUUCAUACUGCAGAUCAUAAUCGUCCAGUUCGGUGGUUUCGCUUUUAGCACAAUGGCGCUAGAUAUCGACCAGUGGAUGUGGUGUCUAUUUUUCGGCAUCGGAGAACUAAUUAUUGGUCAGGUCAUUAUUUGCAUCCCGGAUAGCAUUAUACCAGAGUGCAAGAGGAAACGACCAGCGAAGGCCGCUGAGGUCGAAGAGGAAGAAGAGGAAGAGGAUAUUGAAGCUGAACCCUCCGGCAUACCCUCUGAGGAAGAGACUGCUGUGAAGGGCCAGAUUCUCUGGAUUAGAGGCCUUAAUCGAUUGCAGACGCAGCUUAAAGUUGUCAACGCUUUCCGCAUGGGUCUAGACUCUCGCUACGAUCGGGAUCAGCGCAAAAGCCUGAGCGCGAUCGCCUUCAAACAGCGCCAAAGUGCAUCGCUCGAAUAUGCUGACGCGGAGAACAAUGUGGACCCUUCGCAAAAGCAGUCGACACACGAAAUGGACAUCAUUAUGCACCAAGCCAACAGAUAG